AUGGCACCAACCCAACGACGAGGGCCGUGGGUUCCCGAGGAAGAUCAAACUUUACUUCAACUGGUCCGCAGCCAGGGUCCAAACAACUGGGUUCGCAUUUCACAACACAUGCAAUUCCGAUCACCCAAGCAAUGCAGAGAGCGAUUUCAUCAGAACCUAAAACCAUCACUAAAUCAUGAGCCGAUAUCCGCUGAAGAGGGAAUGAUGAUCGAGAGGAUGGUCCACGAGAUGGGAAAGCGAUGGGCGGAGAUUGCAAGAAGGCUUGGGAACCGAAGCGACAAUGCUGUUAAAAACUGGUGGAAUGGCUCCAUGAACCGAAAGCGGAGGGGAUUGAUUGUUCCGGGUAGUGGGAACCACUCCCCCGCUCGAACAUUGAAUGGGCGUGUCGAUCCCCCUUACCCCAGACGGCCCGUGACGAUGCGCAGUCCCUGCGACAGAAGCUCUUGUCAAGACAGCAGCUAUGGAGCUCGAAGGACCUCCUGGGUUUCCAUUCCGCAUCGCGAUCAGCAGCAUCCGGGCACCAGGAUACAGUAUCCUCAGACUGAUACGAAAGAACGAAGAGAGCUGUGUUCAUCCGCGGAGUAUGAGUAUGACUCUCAGUUCGAAUGGCCAAGACGAGCGCUUAUCCACAGGUCUCCGAUCAGAAACCACCGCAAACUCAGCCCUAUAGUGACUUAUGUCCCUCACAUGCGCACGGAAUUGCCUACCAUACCCUCUCCUUCUUCUUCAGAAAUUUCCAACCCCAUGUCAUCCAGGCCACCCUCGAUGGUUUCCGACCACAACUCCAUAUGUUCUGCAUCUCCCCGGACUGCUGAAUCCCCUUCCAUGCUCCCAGUGCCGGUAGAAAUCCACUCCGGACAAGAUGGACGUCGCAGGGGCAGUGCCCCAACCCCCCGAUCAUUUUCUAACCUAUUUGCCCACGAUGAAAGUUACCAUGAGUCUACUACUUCUAAAAACAUCGAGUAUCUUCCGGAACUGGCCGUUCCGCGACGUUGGGCCCCUGGCCCCCCUGUUGCAUGUCCUCAAGAAUCCCAUCGGCACCAACAUUGGAAACACCAAUAUUCCAAUUCGGCACCCCAGAGCCAGCUUGCCCCGACAACGUAUUCUCGAACUCAAGCUUCAUCACCACCUAGAGAUUCGAGGAUGGGACUCGAGACAUUGCUGAAUUGA